AUGACAAAAAUAAAUUUGGAAUCAAGUUCAUUUCCAAAUGCUGAGGAAGGAUACAUAUUUUCCAAAAAUGAGUACUUAAAUCAAACUCGAAGAUCUUCGGAAGGUGUUAUUGCUUUCUUAAUACCAACUACUAGUGGUGAUGCUAAUCAACCUUAUACUUCUUAUCAAAAACUCCUGGGCAAAAUUAAGCAAAUUGAUCAAUGUCUGAAUGACAAUAGUUCAACAGAUUUAAUCAUCUUUCAUACAGGUUAUCCUUUUCGAGCAGACCUGUUAUCAAUAAUUCAAGCUACUCGACGUCAAGUUCAAAUGGUAAAUGUUGAUCAUAUAUUUUAUAAAUUACCACCGGGUUUCGAUCCUCAUAUCAGAGAUCCAAAUUGGUCACAUAGAGGAAAAUGGAAUUAUCAACAAAUGUGUCAGUUUUGGUUUAAACGAGUAUUCGAAUUAAAAAUUCUUCAACCGUAUCGAUAUAUGAUGCGGCUUGAUGAUGAUUCGCAAAUUUUAGGUAAAUGGCCUAAUGUAUUCGAAAUAAUGGCCAAACAUCAGGCCCUUUAUAUGGCUAACACAGAAGAAACGGACUCUGACUUUAGACUUCCAGGAAUGACGCUAGUAAGAAAUGCGCUCACCGCCUGUAUUAGUAAAAAUAAUAUAACUGUUCAAAAUCCUACUAUGCUCGCCAAUAUCUUUCGGCAUGCAAACACAGUACCUAUUUUUUUUAAUAAUUUUGAAAUCAUCGAUUUAUCAAUUAUGCGACGAAAAGAAGUUGUUGGUUUUAUUCAAUGUAUAGAUGAAUCUAGAGGUGUCUUUUUGUAUCGAUGGGGUGAUGCUCCUCUUCGUUAUAUAAUUAUGACUCUUUUUGUUAAUGAAACUCGAAUAUUGCAUCGAGAACGGCUAGGGUUGCGAUAUUGUCAUAAGUGUUAACCAAUGGUCAUCAUUUCUUUUCAAUAUAUGUAAUAAAAUAGAGAGUUACGAGAAAUAAAUAAAAAAUAAAAAUCAGUAUUCUUCAAAAUUUAAUAAAUAUUUGACCAUAUGAUGUGCAAAACUUCUUUAGAAUAUUACUAUUGGUAGAUUAGAAUAAGUUAUUGUACAUAUAAAGAAUAAUUUAGCAGAAAUACAAGAGAAUAUGACUACAGUCUUCAACAGUUAUGGGAUCAAUAUUGAUAAUAAUCUUAAAUUAAACAGAGAGAAAGGAUAUUAUGUAUUACAGGGGGACCAUGUCAGUCCAGAAUAUUCUCUCUAAUGCAGGAUAUAUGAGGCUUCUAUGACUGUUUCUUAUUUCCAUCAAGUUUUCUAUUGAAAACAGCAUCGGAGCUUUUUUUGAUAUGCAUAUUCUUGCAGAGCUCGUCAAACUCUAUCGAAUCAUAUAAAAAGACCUAGCAAACGGUAUUUCUUUUCAGACGUUACAAGCAUAUUUUAUUUGUACAGAAAAUGUAAUGUGUAAAAUGCUUAGUCAUCAUGAAUAAAAUGGUCAUAACUAAUUCGAAGCUACUGCAGUUGGAAGUAAAUAAGUAAUAAAAGAGUAUAAGACUGCAACAAAGAACAUAUUUAAUUUUCAACGAAAAUUACGAGUUUAUUUCGAGCUUUCGAUAAUUUACAAUUAUCAUCAUCAGGAAACAACUAACGAAAAGCAGAACAACUAUUAUAAUAUAUACGAUUAACAUCAAAGGAUAACACAUUAUAAUAUUGUUAAAUGAAAAGACAUAUUAUAAUAAUUCGAAUUAUUAUA